AUGUAUAACGAGAUAGAGGGAAAUUACGAUGACGUCGCCAUCAGCACAUUCAAGAGAGGCCUACUGAUAGAGCACGGUUUAAGAAAGUCCCUGACUGGGAAACCGGUCACCAGCGUGCGCCAACUCAUGGAUCGAAUCGACAAGUACAAGAGGUCUGGAUCUACCGGGGCACAGGCAGUCCAUGCUGUGUUCUGGGAACCAUUACAUAAGAUCUUAGAGAAGGUCAAGAAUGAAUCGUUCUUUCAAUGGCCAAGUAGGAUGGCAGGCGACCCUGCAAAGCGUAACCAGAACCUAUAUUGUGAGUAUCACCAGGAACCUGGCCACAUCAUCGAUGACUGCAGAAAUCUGAAAAACCACUUGGACUGGCUGAUCCGAGAGGGAAAGCUGAGACACCUCUUGCAUCAUCCUGUUGGACGGCAGGAGCAGCCGAGCAUCGAGGUAAGGCAAAGCACAUUGAGACCGCCCACUGGCUCCCAUCCUUUCAGAGUGAUGUCGGUGGCCCGACUCUCCAUGGAAGCUGACGACCGGGAGUCUAAGAGGGUCAAAGGGAUGGUCUUGCCCAUACUCGGAUUCUCAGAUGAGGAUAAAGUUGGAACCACCCAGCCCCACGACGAUACUCUAGUUGUCACACUCAGGAUUGGGGGAUAUGACAUGAGGAGGGUGACCAGGGCAGUGCCGUGGAGGUAA